GCCGACCAAAACCUAUACUAGCUAGUUGUUAUGAUGUUGUCUCCCUCGCCUUCUUCUUCCAUUUCUUCGGAAGACCGAUCCGGUUCAAGUUCUGACGAGAACAGUGAAAUUUUAGACGACGAUGGAACAGCUUUCGUCCCGUAUGAUGAGGAACUGGAGCCAGUCGCGACCAAGGAAGAGGCUGCCGCAUACACGCUUAGUGUGGCUAAUGAGGAAGAAUGGGAGCUCGUGCUUCAAAGGCGCUUUACUGGCGAAUUAGACGUCAGCACAUGGUAGACAUGACUCAGAUUGUAUUUCUAAGCAGUUCUUUUUCAUUUUAAAUCUUUUGUGUUAUGGUGGAAUUCGCCCAUAAAUUCGAAUUUUUUUCAUAAUUUCGAUUGCGUGUUUCUAAUACUGAACGGAGAACGGGUUAUUUUUGUUUUGUAGGUGCACUUGUUCAAACUGUUCGGUCGACAUAGCCACCAAGAAGGAAGAAUGCAUUUGUUGCAAGGAAAUAGAUCGUGUGGGGGAAGUAAUGGAAAAUAUAGAAUGGGCAGGUGAUUGUAUCACUUUGCAUCCUGGGUUUCAGGAUGUUUGCCUAAACCGAUGGGUUCUUGAAGUGGCAUCACUUAACCUGAAGACCAAAGCUGGAAAAAGUUACCGGGCUAUUUUCAGUCAAGGUCGUAAAACGGAAUCAGAGUGAGUCAAUCAUUCCAUGAUUUUUUAUUCUGUUGUUCUUAUUGUUCACCUGGGUGUCUCAUAAGUGAAAGUGAGCAAUUUAUUUAUUAUUUUUGUAAAAUAAUAAGGUUAAAUUAUACUCAAAGCCCCGUUUGUCAACAAAUAAACGCUUAACAGUUAUAUUUCAUUAUUAUUUCUACUACAGUCUAUUGCAUCCCAGUCUAUUUAUUAUACAGAAUCCUCAAAAACUUCUAUUGUCAACCAAAAACUCAUAUUAUUGUAUUUUAAUUGAAGAAAAACCAUGCAUGAUGAAACAACAGCCUAAACAAAUAAGCUGCCACAAGUGACCAAAAACUCCACCAGUCAAGCAUAUGAAACUGUACAUAUGUUUCUCAUUAUUUUUUUAUAGGUUUCUUCGAUCAGUGUCGUACAGACAAUUUACUUGA